AUGGCGGCGCAGAAACAAACUCUUUCCUUGGACAGUGCGUCCGAGGGCGGCUUCCUCAGCUUCUACUUCUGCAUGCCCGAGAAACCAGACACCACGUUCAGAGUGUUCGACCGUAACGACUACUACACCGUGCACGGGAAAGACGCCACGUUCGCCGCCAAAGAACUGUUCAAGACCAAUGGAGUGUUGAAGUAUCUGGGCUCAGGCAACCGGAAAGUGGAAAGCGUGGUGCUGAAUAAACUCAACUUCGAGACUUUUGUGAAAGACCUGCUGCUUGUGAGGCAAUACAGGGUUGAGGUUUACAAGAAUCGGAGCAAGAACAGCAAGGAGCACGACUGGAAACUCGAGUACAAGGCCUCUCCGGGGAAUCUGACCCAGUUCGAGGACAUCUUGUUCGGGGGUGCAGCCGGAGCAGAGGGCAGCGCGGGGGUGGUGGCGGUGCGCUUUGCCACGGGGGCAGACGGACAGCGUGUGGUCGGAGUCGGGUUCGUAGACGCGGCUCAGAGGGUCCUGGGAGUCUGCGAGUUCCCGGACAACGAGAUCUUCUCCAACCUGGAGUCCCUGCUGGUCCGCAUCAGCGCCAAGGAAUGUCUGCUGCCUCAAGGGGACUGCAGCUCCGAGGGCAGCAAACUUCGAGAGGUCGUGCAGCGCGGUGGAGUUCUCGUCUCUGACCGUAAAAAAGCAGAUUUCAGCAGCAAAGACAUCGUUCAGGAUUUGAACCGACUGCUCAGGUCCAAAAAGGGACAAACCGUGGCCAGCAACACCCUCCCCGAGCUCGACAAGCAGGUGGCCGUGUCGUGUCUCGCUGCUGUGGUGCGCUUUCUGGAGCUUCUUUCUGACGAGUCCAACUUUAACUCGUUCAGUCUGACGCCGCUGGAGCUGGGCCAGUACAUGAGGCUGGACAACGCAGCCGUCAGGGCGCUCAAUCUGUUCCAGGGCUCUCCCGACGACACCAGUGGCGCUCACUCAUUGGCCGGUUUGUUGAAUAAAUGCAGGACUCCUCAGGGCCAGCGCCUCGUGAACCAGUGGAUCAAACAGCCGCUGAUGGACAAGUCGAAGAUAGAGGAGAGGUUGGACCUGGUGGAGAGUUUGGUGUGCGACUCGGAGCUCAGACAGACCCUUCAGGACGAGCUGCUGCGGCGAGUCCCGGACCUUCAUCGUUUGGCCAAAAAGUUCCACCGCCACUCGGCAACGCUGCAGGACUGCUACAGGGUUUACCAAGCUGUGGGCCAGGUCCCCAACGUCAUCAGUGCUCUGGAGAGAAACUCGGGGAGUUACCAGGUUCUUCUGGACGCCGUGUUUCUGACUCCGCUCAGAGAUCUGCAGAACGACUUUGCCAAAUUUCAAGAAAUGAUUGAGACUACGUUGGACAUGAACCAGAUAGAGCACCAUGAGUUUCUGGUGAAGCCGUCGUUCGACCCGGGGCUCAGUGAGCUCAGGGACCGCAUGGACGAUCUGGAGAAGAGCAUGCAGAGCGUCCUGAACAGCGCCGCCCGAGAUCUCAGCCUGGACGCUGGGAAAACGGUGAAGCUGGAGUCCAACGCGCUCCAUGGCUUCUACCUCCGCGUCACCUGCAAAGAGGAGAAAAGUCUGAGGAACAACAAGAAAUUCACGACGCUGGACGUUCAGAAGAACGGAGUGCGAUUCACAAACAGUAAACUCAGCUCCCUGAACGAGGACUACACAAAGUGCCGGGAAGAAUACGAGGAAGCCCAGAACGCCAUUGUGAAGGAGAUCAUCGGCAUCGCCUCAGGAUACGUGGACCCUCUGCAGACCCUCGGCGACGUCAUCGCUCAGUUGGACGCCGUGGUCAGUUUCUCCGUGGCCUCUGUCUCGGCUCCGGUCCCCUACGUCAGGCCCCGCCUCCUGGACCGAGACGGAGCCCAGAGGAUGGAGCUGGUGCAGUGCAGACACCCCUGUAUGGAGGCCGACGCCGACACGGCCUUCAUCCCCAACGACGUCAGCUUCACCCACGGAGAGAGGAGCUUCUACAUCAUCACAGGUCCCAAUAUGGGCGGCAAGUCCACGUUCAUCCGUCAGGUGGGCGUGGUGGCGCUCAUGGCUCAGAUCGGCUGCUUUGUCCCGUGCGAGAGGGCGGAGCUUAGUGUGAUCGACAGCAUCCUGGCGCGCGUGGGAGCCGGGGACAGUCAGGUCAAAGGCGUGUCCACCUUCAUGUCCGAGAUGCUGGAGACGGCCACCAUUCUGCGCUCGGCCACACAGCGCUCCCUGAUCAUCAUCGACGAGCUCGGCAGAGGAACCUCCACCUACGACGGCUUCGGUUUGGCCUGGUCCAUCUCCGAGCACAUCGCCUCCAACAUUGGCUGCUUCUGUCUGUUCGCCACGCACUUCCACGAGCUCACGGCGCUCGCCCGGCAGCAGCCCGCCGUCCACAACCUGCACGUCACCGCCCUCACCUCCCACGACACGCUCACCAUGCUCUACAAGGUCAAACCAGGUGUGUGUGACCAGAGCUUCGGGAUCCACGUGGCGGAGAUGGCCUGUUUUCCGCCGGCGGUGGUUGCCGCGGCGAGAGAAAAGGCCUCGGACCUGGAGGAGUUCCAGGAGCUCGCUGCGGGGAGCGAGGAGCCCGAGGGCAAGAGGAGGCGCACCGAAAAACAGGACGCUGAAGGGCUGAUCGUGGACUUCCUGGAGAAGGCGAGGUCACUUCCUGUCUCCAAAAUGGCCGACGCGGAGGUGAAGGCCGAGCUGCGGAGGAUGAAGCAGGAACUGGAGAAGAAGAACAACAGCUACAUCUCUGAGAUCCUCAAGAGAUGUGUUUCUGUCAAAUAA